AUGACUGACAUUCAUGAAGAAAAACAACGAAUUUCGGAUAUUAGCGAAAACGCAGUGUUUAUUGUUCAACGCAUUAUUGAUCAUCGUUUUCGCAAUGGUCGAAAAGAAUUUUUGAUUGCAUGGAAAGGUUAUCCUGAUGAACAAAAUACUUGGGAACCUCAACAAAAUUUAGAUUGUCCAGAUAUGAUAACGGAAUAUGAAACACAUAUUUUACAGCAAUCUCGUUAUAUGAAUCCUGAUACAUCAUCUCUUCCACAACAAAAAAAUGUUGAAGAUAAAUUUCAAGACUUUACUCUACAACGUGAAACAAAUUUCGGUGAUAAAUUAUCGGUAUUAGAUUGUGUUCUUCAACAUGUUACAUUAUUUUCUGGUACUGAAAAUGCUCGACAAUGGUUCACCAAACUUGAUUCAAAAUUAUGUGAACUUCAUUUAUCUCUUAUUGAUCGUCUUGAAAUUCUUCCAAAUCUUUUCACCUGUGAUGCAAUGAUUUGGUUUAGUAUAAAUAAAGAUAAGUUUAAAUCUUAUACUGAUUUUUGUCGACUUUUUGCAUUUACAUAUUUUAAAUUCGAACAAUCCUCUAACAAUACCAUGAUAGAACCACAAAAUAAAAUUUCAUCAAUGCUUUCAUCUGCCAUAAUUAAUAAUGCAUCACUAGAUAUUUCUCCUGAUUGUUUGAUUAAUCCAUCUGCUUCAGCUGUUUGUUUUAAUAAAUCACAAGGAUCUACUGCCAAUGAUAUCUCUAAUUCUAUUUUAUCAACUACUAUUUGUAAAGCAUUGAUUGAUAAAUUUGUUAAAGAUCCAAUUAAAUUUCAUGGUGGUAAAGACAAUAUUUAUCGAUGGAUUGAUGAAAUUGAUCACCAAUUCAAAAUCAUGAAUUUAUGUGAUUCAGAUAAAUUAAAUCUAAUUCAUAUAUGUCUUAAAGGUGAAGCUUAUCAAUGGUUUCAACAACAACCAAUGCCAUUUACAUCAUGGUCUAACUUUAUUGCAGAAAUUAUUAAAUCGUUUAGUUCUAAUUUACAACGAGAUGUAGCAUUUAAAAAAUUGAAAUUGUACCAACAAACCACUCAUCAAUCGGCAACCCAAUACUAUAUUGAGAUGAUAAAGUUAAUGCAACAAGCAGAUCCACAAAUGAACGAGUCAACAAAAAUUCACUAUCUGAUGAAUGGCCUUCGUCAAUCAUUAUGCACUGAAACACGACGAAAUUACCCAACAUCAACCCAAGCAUUAAAUACUACUUUUACCUCCACUUCCAUUGAUAAUGAUGAUAUCACACCGUAUGAUUCUUUUUCGUAUUCAACAACAUCAUCUUACCCAACAGCAAAUAAUUCAAAAACUUCUGAGUCUCAACAUUCUUUACAUAAAAAUUUUAAUACAUCGUAUCAUUAUCUACCUCAACGUAAUCACUAUUCUCGUGUAUCUGGUCAAGCAGCUGAUAUUAAUUCAUCAGCAAAAUUUAUACCUCCUUUACUUGCUAAUAAUACAUCUCAACGAAACAAUAAUUCAUAUCGUAAUAAUACUAAUAAUCAUCAGUAUCGAAAUUAUCAACAACAACAGCAAAAAUCAUUUCAAGGGUGUUUUAGAUGUAGUUCACUAGAUCAUAUCGCUCGUGAUUGUCACCAUUUCGAAAAACGAAUUCUAUUUACGACAUAUGUUAAUAAUAAUGAAAUGCAAAUUAUGAUAGAUACUGGUGCACAAAAUUCUUUUGUUCAUGAACGAAAUUUAACACUUAAUGAUAAAUUUAAAUCUUCUACUAUACCUCAACAAAAAUUUUAUAUGGCUGAUGGAUUAACAUCAUUUAUUGUUACUGGAACAGUUACAUUGAAUAUUUUUAUUGGUGAUAUUUUAACAUCGAUUUUAGCAUAUGUGACAAAAAAUUUAUGUGCUGAUCUAAUACUAGGCAUGGACUAUCUUUUAAAGUAUGAUUUAGAAAUAAAACCAAAAAAGAAAAUUAUACUAUUUUAUUUGCACGACAAGGCAAUCACGAUGCCCAUCGACAACGAAAGCACUUCAUUUUAUUUUACUAACCCCUCAUCACAUUCUGAACGAAUGAGACAUGAUAAUCAAUUAAAUACUAUAGCAACGUCAUCGUCCUCUCAUACACCUGAACUAGCUAUUAACCAUUUAUUGCACCAUCUUACUGAUCAAGUUGAAUACCACACACUUCAAGUAUUAUUAUAUAAAUUUAAAUCUAUAUUUGAUCAUAAUACGUUUACAGUUGCAACCACACAAAUGUCUCAUGUUAUUGAAACUCAUCCACAUACUCCACCGGUCUCCAAAUAG